AUGAGGCCUGGACCUGAUGAGCUGUGGAAGACUACUACUAGCCACCGCAGAGGCAGUAGUUGCCACGUCUCCAGUAGUGCUUGCUUUUGCAUCGGCCGCAGCAGCAGAAGCGGUGUUCAUGAGGUCCUCUGCUAUAGCGCCUCCAAUCACUGCAGUGGGAGCUCCGAUGGGCGAGGUGGCAACUGUUGGCACUUGGGAAGCUGGUGCUGAACUGAAACCACUUCCCACCAUGUUCAAGGGUCGUUGGACCGGCACCAACUGACUAUCCGGUAUCACUCUGCCAGUGGCACUGUCGACGUAGACCACUCUACCAGUAGGAGGUCUUUUAGGAGUCGGGAUGACAGAUCCUGA